AUGGAGGUGAUGGAAGGACACGGUUUCUCACAGAGAUCAAGAGGCUCUUCUCUUCUCCAAGGAGCUUACAGUCUAAAAUUCAACAAAGGAGAAGGAAACAACACAAGGAGAGCAGGAGUAUCUACACCAGAAGAAGCACAACAGCAAAGGCUGGGCACCAUGGCCAAUGUCAGCCCAACUUCCUUGUCCCCUUUGGAUGCUGGAAAGGAAUAUUACAGAGCAUACAAUGAAACUCUGUCCUCCAACAACAGCCACAGUAAUGAUGAUCCAGAACUGGAUUACGCUUUGGAAACACACACUAUCUUCACAAUUAUAAUUUGCAUUUUGGGGCUUUGGGGGAAUGGGACGGUCAUCUGGCUGCUUGGCUUCUGCAUUAAAAGGAAUUCUUUCACCACUUACAUCCUGAACCUCGCCAUUGCUGACUUUGGUUUGCUCACAACUACCUUUAUUAGAGGAAUUCAGGUCAUGGGGGGGUACUUCUACAUUCCCCUUCUAUCUGUCAUACUUUUAGACAUCUUUGUAUUCAUGUAUAACACUGGUCAGUUUCUACUGACAGCCAUCAGCAUCAGCAGGUGUGUGUCUGUCCUCUUCCCACUUUGGCAUCGAUGCCACAGGCCACCACUUUUAUCCACCACUGUGUGUGCCUUAAUAUGGGGACUUUCUUUCCUUCUCCCUGGAAUUCACUUCACUCUCUUCCUGGCUAAGCUAGCAACUGAUGAGAUAAUAUUCCUCCAGUUAGUUGUGAACGGCUUCCUGUGCCUCCCACUCAUGACUACUUCCACUCUGAUCCUGUUCAUCAAAGUCUGCUUUAAAUCACAACAGCAGAAGAAGGGAAAGCUUCUCAUAGCCAUCUUGCUUACUCUCUUCUUUUUCAUCAUCUUUUCUUUUCCACUGAAUGCCUUAUUCAUCACUUUUGUUUUUCAUUCAGAACCUCCCUAUAUCCUAUUUUAUAGCGACUUAUAUGCCUGUCUGAAUAGCAGUGUUAACCCUUUGAUCUAUUUUUUAGUUGGGGGACAGAAGAGAGGCAGACCUAGGCAGAGCAUGAAAGUCAUACUUCAGAAUGUUUUCAAAGAGGACGAAAACUUUACAAACAAAGUGGAGGCCUCUGUUGUAACUCAGUUAUGA